AUGGCGGACCGCGCCAGCGUCCUGGAUGCUCUUUCCGGUCUGAUCCUGAACCCCAAGCCGUUCCUGACGAACCUCACGGGCAAACCAGUGGUCGCGCGGCUCAAGUGGGGAAUGGAGUACAAGGGCGUGCUGCUGUCUGUGGACUCGUACAUGAACUUGCAGCUGGCCAAUACGGAGGAGUAUAUCAAUGGAGAGCUCACUGGGAAUCUGGGCGAGACACUCGUGCGGUGCAACAACGUGCUUUUCAUCCGCGGUUUGUUGGACGACGAGAAGCCACCCACAGAGUCACCAACGGAGGGCACGGAGCCUAUGGCAGAUAGUCAGUAG